AUAAGACAUUCUAAAUACCAUAAAAAAUCAAAGAAAAUAAAAAUUAGAGAGAGCGAGAGAGAGAGAGAGAGAGAGGGAGGAGGAAGAGGAGGAGCGAUCGAAAUCCUUGGAGGUCGCGGGUUUGCGGCGGGGGGGUGCAACCAAAACUCUGGGUCGAAUCGGUCGAGGGCGGUUGGCAUGGCGAUGCCAUUUGCCGGAGACGGGGUCCUCGCCCUGAUGCCGCAGGAGGUGGUCAACUCGAUCGACCCGGCGCCGUCCUCACCGCCGCAGCCGGCUGAGAAGCCGCUCACGGAAUCGCCGGAGAAGUCCCCAAUCCUCGUAUUCGUCUAUUUCCAGAAGGCCAUCCGGUCGGAGCUCGACCGGCUCCACCACGACGCCGUCGAGCUCGCCACCGCCGGCAGUGGCGACGUGAGCUCCCUCGCCGACCGCUGCAUCUCCCUCUUCGACAUCUACCAGCACCACUGUAACGCCGAGGACGCUGUCAUCUUUCCGGCUCUUGAUACACGUGUCAAGAACGUGGCUAGGACAUAUUCUCUCGAACAUACAGGGGAGAGUCAUCUUUUCUAUGAUGUGUUUGUUCUAUUAAUUUCACACAUGAAAAGUGAGGAUCGUCUCUGGAGAGAACUUGAUCUUCGUAUUGCAUCAAUAAAAACAUCAUUUAAUCAACAAAUGCCCAAGGAAGAAAAGCAGGAAUUUGUUUCAGAGGAUCAUUUUCGAAGAGAAUUAGCUUCCCGCACUGGAGUCAUAAAAACAUCACUUAGCCAGCACAUGUCUAAGGAAGAAGAGCAGGUCUUCCCCUUGCUAAUGGAGAAGUAUUCAUUUGAAGAGCAGGCUGAUUUGGUUUGGGAGUUUUUGUGUAGUAUCCCUGUGAAUAUGAUGAAAGAGUUCCUUCCUUGGCUUUCCUCUUCUAGUUCACCUGAUGAACAUCAGGAUAUGAUCAACUGCAUGAGGAAGAUAGUACCAAAGGAAAAGCUUCUUAAAAAGGUCAUAUUCACUUGGAUAAAAGACAAAUGCAUGGCUGACAUGGGACGAAAUCAUGGUGAUGAAUUUCAGUCGAAGAGUUCUGCACCUGACAGAUCUAUUGAUCACAAUGAGAAGCAUAUCUGUCCAUCUGAUCUUUCCAGGAUUGGAAAAAGAAAACAUAAAGAAUCAGGCAGCAAAAUUGUUGAUCAUCUUGGGUUGUAUCCGAUAGAUGAAAUAUUGCAUUGGCAUAAUGCUAUUAGAAAAGAAUUAAAUGAUAUAGCAGAAGGUGCAAGAAAAAUACAACUUUCUGGAGAUUUUUCUGAUUUGUCUGCCUUUAACAAAAGGCUUCAAUUUAUUGCUGAUGUAUGCAUCUUUCACAGUUAUGCUGAAGAUCGAGUAAUAUUUCCAGCAGUAUUAGAUGGAAUGGAGUCCCUUUUGCAGGAGCAUGCAAAUGAAAAAAUUCAGUUUAACAAGUUUAGGUGCUUAAUUGAAGAAAUCCAAAGUGCAGGGGCCAAUUCUACUUCUGCAGAAUUCUACUCAGAAUUGUGUUCACAUGCUGAUCAAAUAAUGGACACUAUUCAGAAGCAUUUCCAUAACGAGGAAGCUGAGGUUCUUCCUCUUGCCAGGUUGCGUUUUUCUCCAGAGAAGCAGCGCAAGCUUAUGUUCAAAAGUCUGUGUGUUAUGCCCUUGAAGUUGUUGGAACGUGUUUUGCCAUGGUUUGUUGCAAAUCUAAGUGAUGAGGAGGCAAGUUCAUUUCUCCAGAAUAUGCACCUAGCUGCCUCAUCAUCUGAAUCUGCACUGGUUACAUUGUUCUCUGGUUGGGCUUGCAAGGCUCGGAGUGAGGGUAUAACCAAUUCUGGCAACUUUAUAUGCCUGACUUCAAAGGCAAUCAGUUGCUUUAGUUUCGAAGAUAACGCUGAAUCAGAAGAAGAUUUCAGAGAAAAAUUGUGUGUGUGUGCUCGUGUACUUGGUUGUAAGAAAGACUUGACUGCUCUGGGAAGUGAGAAAAAUGCCAGACCUGUUAAACGAGGCCACUUUUCAGGAUUUUGUGAAAAUUCUGGUGAAAGCAAUACUUCAAAAGAUAAUGACAUCAAUACUAUCCCAUGUUGCAAAAAGCCCUGCUGUGUGCCAGGUCUAGGAGUUGCUAGCAGUAACAUGGGAAUAAGUUCACUUGAUGCAACAAAAUCUUUGCUUCUUUCAUCUUACAAUUCUUCUGCUCCUUCCUUAAACUCCAGUCUCUUUAUUCCAGAGAUGGAAUUGAAUUCAUGUACUAGUGAGAAUACUUUGAGGCCGAUUGACAACAUAUUUAAAUUUCAUAAGGCAAUUAGCAAAGAUGUGAAGUAUUUGGAUGAUGAAUCUGGAAAUCUUAUACCUUACAAUGAAGCCAUUCUUCGGCAGUUCAGUGGGAGAUUUCGCUUAUUGUGGGGUCUAUAUAGAGCUCAUAGUAAUGCUGAGGAUGAUAUUGUUUUCCCAGCUUUAGAAUCAAGAGAAACUCUUCAUAACGUGAGCCAUUCAUAUACCCUUGACCACAAGCAGGAAGAGAAGGUCUUUAAAGAUAUUUCUGAAGUGCUUUCAGAGCUUUCACAACUGCAUGAUGGCUUGGUAACAAAUGACAAUAAGGAUGCUGCAAGUGGAAGUAAGUCUGAUUCUUCUCUUCAUUUAAUUGAUCAGACAAGGAAACAUAAUGAGCUUGUCACUAAGCUUCAAGGAAUGUGCAAAUCUCUACGAGUUACACUGAAUAAUCAUGUCUUCAGAGAAGAGCUUGAGUUAUGGCCAUUGUUUGACAAACAUUUUUCAGUUGAUGAGCAAGAUAAGAUUGUUGGACGAAUAAUAGGAACAACAGGAGCAGAGGUCCUCCAAUCAAUGCUACCAUGGGUAACUUCUGCUCUUAGUCAAGAGGAACAAAAUAAGAUGAUGGAUACAUGGAGGCAGGCAACCAAAAAUACAAUGUUUAAUGAGUGGCUAAAUGAGUGGUGGAAGGGCUCUCCUCCAUUGUCUACAUCUUCUGCAGAGAGUUCGAGUCUUCCAAAAGGUACCGAUUACCAAGAAAGUCUUGAGCAAUGUGACCAGAUGUUCAAGCCUGGUUGGAAUGAUAUAUUUAGGAUGAAUCAGAAUGAGCUUGAAUCAGAGAUACGGAAGGUUUCACGAGAUCCAACACUUGAUCCACGAAGAAAGGCAUAUCUUAUACAAAACUUAAUGACGAGUCGCUGGAUAGCAGCUCAGCAGAAAUUACCUGAGUCUAGAACUGAGGAAGCUAUAGAUGAGGAAGAUAUACCUGGAUGCUCUCCAUCCUUUCGGUAUCCAGAUACACAAAUCUUUGGCUGUGAGCAUUACAAGAGGAACUGCAAACUCCUUGCUGCAUGUUGUAACAAGUUAUUCACAUGCAGAUUUUGCCACGACAAAGUUAGUGACCAUUCGAUGGACAGAAAAGCAACAACUGAAAUGAUGUGUAUGCGCUGUUUAAAGGUUCAACCAGUUGGCCCAACGUGCAAGACGCCAUCCUGUGGUGGUUUCUCAAUUGCGAAAUAUUAUUGCAAUAUCUGCAAGUUUUUUGAUGAUGAGAGGACAGUGUACCACUGCCCAUUUUGCAACUUGUGUCGUGUUGGAAAAGGACUUGGCAUAGACUUCUUUCAUUGUAUGACAUGCAAUUGUUGCUUGGGAAUGAGAUUAAAAGAACACAAAUGUCGUGAGAAAGGUCUAGAGACAAAUUGCCCAAUUUGUUGUGAUUUUCUAUUUACAUCAAGUGAAGCAGUCAGAGCUUUGCCGUGUGGACAUUUCAUGCACUCAGCAUGCUUCCAAGCCUAUACUUGCAGUCAUUACACAUGCCCAAUUUGCAGCAAAUCCUUGGGAGACAUGGCUGUAUACUUCGGCAUGCUUGAUGCUUUAUUGGCUGCUGAAGAGCUUCCUGAGGAGUACUGGGAUCGGUGUCAGGACAUACUAUGUAAUGACUGUGGUAAAAAGGGCACAUCUCACUUCCACUGGCUUUACCACAAAUGUGGCUUUUGUGGUUCGUACAACACAAGGGUGAUCAAGACCGAUGCAAUCAACUGCUCCACAUCAGAUCGGUGAAUGAAUCCUUGUUUCUCUUUCUGGUUUUCGAUUUCCCCUUUCAGGUGUGUAUAUAUAUUAUGCACUUAGCAGCAACUUUUUAUGCCUUUGCUGUAGCACUCGUUGUUAGUUCAUAGUAUGUCCAUUUAUUUUUCCCACAAAUGCAGAAAAAUGCGAGUAUUCGUCUGGAAAAUGUUUUAAUAUAAAUCAAACAGGCUUUCCCCA